AUGGCUUCACGAUUCCCCCGUCAGCGCGACCCCCGCGCCGCCUCAUCCCUCUUCGACUCAUACGAUGGCAAUUCACGACCAGCUAGCAAAUCGCCAGGCCGAAUGGGCGGAUACGGUUAUGGGGGGUAUUCCGGCGCUGGACAUGAUAAUGGAUCUAUGAGCGGGAGUGCUUCAGGUGGAUUCCGGAGCGCGACGCCGAAUAAUAAGGGGCAAUACUCCGACGCUGUUCUUUCGUCUCUGGAGUCGCAGAACGAUGCCGAGGUGGAGGGAAUUACUGCCAAAGUGAAGAUGUUGAAGAAUAUUACUAUGGCCAUUGGCGACGAAAUCCGUGAUACCUCGAACCUCACCGACCUCAACGAUACCUUUGACAGCACCCGCGUCCGUAUCCGGGGCAAUAUGACCCGUAUGCUUCGGAUGGCGGAGCGUACUGGCGUUGGCUGGCGCGUGUGGCUGGUGUUUUUGUUUGCGGUUUUCUUCAUUUUUGCAUAUGUUUGGUUGACUUGA